AUGUGCAUCUGUCCACCUGCUGGUGGAGGUCAGGGAUGUGGUGAUUCCGCCUCCCCGGGUUCCACGGCCUCUUCGCUUAUUCGGUCCUCUACAAAAGGCUUUAAGCACAGCACUCAUCAAGUCAUCAGCAGUGCAGCUGACUGGUGUAAACUUUCUUCGGACUGUCCUACGUCGUGCGCCUGUCCAUCUGUCGGUGGGGAUCGUGGAUGUGAUGAUUUGGCACCUCCAGUUUCACAACCUCGGCAAUUUACCAGCCCUAGUUUAAGGUUGGAGACUCCAAGCGGGGUGAAGUCGGGCAACGGCGAGGUGGAGUUAGCUGAUGGCUCAGCAGCGCGGUCUGGAGAUUUUUCUAAUUUAAAAAUGCCUCAAAACUACCCGAAUCUGGAGGUGGGAGGAAGAAGCGCUGAACCCUUUACAACUUCAUGUUGCGCAGCGUUGUCAGGGAGGGCGGAGGCGCUUCAUGUCACUUUGCCCUCCUCAGUCGCCGACGCACACGCAAUUGAAGGUCUCGGCAAACGCGAGUGGGGGGAGGGAAGGGGUAAGGACCGGACGCUCGGUCAGUUAUCGCCCAUUGCUGCGUUAUUUAUGCUCGACGGUUGGAGUUCGCGUUGCGAGGACGCGCGGUCUUUAGUCCACACCGAAGGCAACGCACAACGGGAACACACACACCCACGAGGGCAAUACGAGAUUGUAGCCGCCGCGGUGCCUCUACCACCCUCCUCCACCGGCGGUCUUCAGCCGGCCAUCACGCAUCCGCGGGUGGUCCUCCCUUGGCUUGCGCCGAAGCGUAGAAACACCUCCAUUUGGCGUCCCGUCUAUUCCAUCGAUUGCUGCGGUAAAGAAUCUUGA